AUGGCUGUGGCUAGACCUAUUCGCAUGCUCUCGAUAGCAUGUGUCGUUCUUGUCAUCUUCCUGGUGUUCCAGAUGAACAGAGGACCUUCGUAUGUCGGCACGGGGUCAGGCCCGUACAAUGGCAUGCAGGUCGAUCCUCUUAAAGAGAUUACCGGUGAACCCGAAGGCUAUUUGUGGCGCGCCGACGAACACGACUAUGCUCCUGACAGCACCGACUCCGCCCGGACCAACGCGGCCAUCAUCUCCCUCGUACGAAACGAAGAAUUGGACGACCUGAUUCCGAGUAUUCGCGAUCUAGAGAGGACAUGGAACCACAAGUUCAACUACCCCUGGAUCUUCUUCAAUGACAAGCCAUUCACCGAGGAGUUUAAGAAGCGGACUAGGGCGGAGAUCAAAGCCAGAGUUCAAUUUGAACUGAUACCGGCGGAUCAUUGGGCGGUGCCAAAAUGGAUUGACAUGGAUCUUUUCAAAGACGCCGCGGAAGAACUAAAAGAGAAGGGGCUACAGUACGCCGACAAGAUCUCAUAUCACCAAAUGUGCCGCUGGAAUAGUGGAAUGUUCUACAAGCACCCUGCAUUGGAGACAUACCGCUACUACUGGCGCGUGGAACCCAAGGUUCAGUUCUUUUGCGAUGUCGAUUACGAUGUGUUCCGCUUCAUGGAGGACCGCAACCAAACCUACGGCUUCACGAUCAACCUCUUCGACGCUCCCGAGAGUAUCCCGAGCCUGUGGCCCACGACGCAGGAAUUUCUCGCCGCGAACCCUUCCUACCUCUCUGAGAACAACAUGAUGGCCUGGUUGACCGAUGAUCAACUCCGGCCUGACCAUACCCGCGAGGCCAACGGGUACUCGACCUGCCAUUUCUGGUCCAACUUCGAAAUCGGUGAUAUGGACUUCUUCCGCGGCGACAAAUACUCUGCCUACUUUGAUUAUCUGGACAAGGCUGGCGGCUUCUUCUACGAGAGAUGGGGCGAUGCGCCGGUGCAUUCGAUUGGGUUAGGAUUAUUAGAGGAUGCUAGUAAGGUUCAUUGGUUCCGCGACAUUGGAUACCGUCACAUCCCCUACUUCAACUGCCCCAACUCGCCUAAAUGCUCCGCCUGCACACCUGGAAAGUUCUACGACGGCGAGCCCUUCCUCGCGAAAGAGGACUGCCGACCAAGCUACUUCAAGCACGUCGGAACCCAUUAA